CUCCCUCCUUUUUUUCCUCCCUCCCCUCACAGUCUCUCCCUUAAUCCCAUUUGCCAUUGUACAUGCCCAAUCGCCUAUACUUUCCGCAUUUAACUUGGAUGACAUUUUUAUUUCAUCAUUAGCAUCAGACACCAGACUGACUGACACGCUGGGACGCAAAGAGGUUUUUUCCCCCCCCGAUUCUGACGGAAACACUCCGGGAUGAGACAUGCCCCUGAUUGUCUUUUUGAGACACGCAUCAGCGCUUUAUUUCAUUAUUUCAGCCGCCGAGUUGUAAGUGUGUUUUGACGAAGCUCUACGGGGUAAAGUCGAGUUAGAAAAACAGGAACUUCAAGCACCAGGGAUAUCCAGUGUUUGUAAGUCAGUAUUUUUUUCCUUCCCCUCCACUCCCCUCCUCUGCUUCUACUAAAAUUUCCUGGACAUCCACGUUCAGAUCAAAGCUGCAGCGAUGCCAGAGACUACGCAAGAGACGUGCGCUCCGGCCAAGGAUUCCCCUUUCUUCAUUAAGAACCUACUGAACUGUGACACCAAGCCGUCUAAACCCAAACCACCGCUUGUUGUCUCUGCUAAGGCGGCCCUAGAAGGAGGAUUUUCCCUUUCCCAGGUCGGGGAAUUCAACUUUCCCCGCUUUGAGGUGCCUGCGCAGAGAUUCACUCUGCCGGCGCACUACCUGGAGCGCACCUCGGCUUGGUGGUACCCCUAUACUCUCAGCUCAGCGGCUCAUCUGCACAGAACUGAAGGUAUCGAGAAACCAGGAGCAAGAGAUUCUUCUCCAACCUCUGGCACGGACAGAGACUCCCCGGACCUGGUGCUCAAAUCCGAACCGGACACCAAAGACGACGAAGAUGAGGAGGAAGAUGAGCACAGCAACAACAAAAGCAGCGACGAGAUCAUCCUGGAGGAAAGCGACACGGAGGAGGCCAAGAAGGACGAACUCGAGGAGUGGAAGAAGCGCGACGAGGACAAGAAGCCCUGUCGCAAGAAGAAGACGCGCACGGUGUUCUCCCGAAGCCAGGUGUUUCAGCUGGAGUCCACCUUCGACAUGAAGCGCUACCUGAGCAGCUCGGAGCGCGCGGGUCUGGCCGCCUCCCUGCACCUGACUGAAACCCAAGUAAAGAUCUGGUUUCAGAACCGAAGGAACAAGUGGAAGAGACAACUGGCCGCCGAACUGGAGGCCGCUAACCUCAGCCACGCUGCGGCACAGAGGAUAGUCAGGGUGCCAAUUCUUUACCAUGAAAACUCUGCUUCAGAGGGCGCGGGGGGCGCAGCGGCGAGCGUGCCCGUUAGCCAGCCGCUGCUCACAUUCCCUCAUCCGGGGGUCUAUUAUUCCCAUCCCAUCGUCACAUCUGUGCCGCUGCUCAGACCGGUUUGAAAGGCGUCGCAAAGUUUUGAUGAAUGAUCUUAUCCUAACAAUAAAAAAGACAAUAUUUUUCUACAAGUCUGACACUGAAAAACAAAGAGAAAAACUCUGACUUUCACUGUCAGGCAAAGCCUGACUUGGGGUAAUUGUGUCAUUUCCCAUAAGGUUGUUUAUUAUUAUUACUGUUAUUAUUAUUAAUAUUAUUUACAUCUCAGGAGUCUGUCCACUGCUUAAAUAGUGUAUUUUCUUUUUCUUGUUUUAAACCGUGAUUGUUGCUGGAAAUACCAGUUCUGUGCGAUGCAAAAAAAGAAAGACAAAAACUUGUUUACAUAAAAGUGGCGACCAACUUAUCACCAAUUUGAUUUUUUUUUAUUUCCUUUUUCCACAGCUACAGAAUGAAUUCACUAAAUGUGAAGUAAGUGUUUUAUAUGUUUUUCUUCUUUUUGUUAAGCGUUUGACGGGGGACAAUCAAGACACUCUAGCUGUAAAAAUACCCACGUAGCUUUCUGUUUUUAAGGAGCCUUUCAAACACUCCCUCCACACAGACAGAUAUCUUAAGCACAAUUCUCGAAAAGAAAGUUUGUUUUUGUUUUUUAAACGGGGGAUUUAAAAAAAUGCUGUAAAAGAUUUCACUGAUGUAAAAAAAAUGUAAAUGUAUAUAUUUAAAGAGGCGCAGGAGAAGAAAUUUCCUUACAAGCUUCUCGUUUGUACAGCAAAAAAGAAAACAAAAACAAAAAAACAAAACAAAAAAAUAAUAAUAAUAACAAAAACGACGUUUUGAUAUUGUAUUGCUGGAUCAUAUUGUGAAAUAAACUGAAAAUAUCCCUUA